CCUUCUGUUUCAAAUCUCCACAACCAAGUUCUCUUGAAUAUUUUGGGUUGAUUUCAGAUCAGGAUUGUCAUCUUCAUCCGCUAACAAUGUCCGGGCGUGGAAAAGGAGGCAAGGGAUUGGGAAAGGGAGGGGCCAAGAGGCAUCGUAAGGUUCUUCGCGAUAACAUUCAGGGAAUCACAAAGCCAGCGAUUCGAAGAUUGGCAAGAAGAGGAGGCGUUAAGCGUAUUAGCGGUCUGAUCUACGAGGAGACUCGUGGUGUGCUCAAGAUUUUCCUGGAAAAUGUGAUUCGUGAUGCUGUGACUUACACGGAGCAUGCUCGCAGGAAGACUGUUACCGCCAUGGAUGUGGUCUAUGCUCUCAAGAGGCAGGGAAGAACCUUGUAUGGGUUUGGAGGUUAAAGAAAGUUUCUGCUGAAUCUAAUUGGAAGGGUUUGGUGUAGAAUUUGAAUUAGACCUAUGUCUUGCUUAUGAUUGAUGAAGUAAUGGCUGUAAUGUAUUUUGGGGAUUUAGGUUAAGAACUUGAAUGUAGAAUGUGAUGGUCUCAUCUGUCCUUCACUCCUUUGGUUUUAUCAAUCAAAAUCUGUAUAAUUUCUCAGUUGCAA